UCAUUCUUUUCUCUUUAAUCAAAGAAAAACCAUUCUCUUCAUUUUAGCCCUUCGUCAUCUUCUUCUUCCUGCAAAACCCCUUUAUAUUUUUUUUCCAUAAAAUUUCACAUAUCCAGAAUUUAGAAAUGACUCUUCUUGAUCGCCCUGAUGACAUUGAAGCCCCAAACAUUCAGGUCUGGAACAAUGCUGCAUUUGACAAUGGAGAAUCCGAUGUUAGAACCGUUUCUUGGUCAAAUAUGCAAGAUUCCUACAAGAAUCAAUCUUCCCAACCAUUGCAGAGUGAUUGCAGCAAAGAAAAUUUGUGCCCUUUGAAUUUGAAGACCCCUGCUUCCGGCAAGUACCCUGUUUCUGUGAAGCCGCUCAAUCGUAAUGGCGUCGUUGAAAAUUCACAACGGAAGCCAUUCAAAACGCCUCGUAUGGUCUCAGCCAAAAUGUAUGGUGACAAGGGGAAAGAAGAGGAGGAGGUAAUUAGUAAGAAAAGAAAUGUUGAUGAAGAAAUCGAAGAAACAGAGAGGGAAAUCAAUCGAUUAGCGACAAGGCUAAAAGCUCUUCAAAUUGAAAAGGCCGAGCAAAAAGCCGUGAGAACAGCAGUUCAGAGGGGUGCAAGAUUCGUGCCCAUCAGAUCGGUUGAUUCGAAAGCAAGUAGCAAGAAUUCAGAUGGGGUUGGUAAAAUGUUUGAAGACUCUUUAGUUGAACCGAAAAUUUGUAAAAACAGAGGCUUAAGUUUGGGGCCGUCGGAAAUCCACGGUGGCAUCGAAGCACGACGGCAAGGGAAGACAGAAAUCACGCCAGCUCAGCGAAUUCAAAACCGUCGCCAAUCAUGCCUUCCAAAAUUACUAGAUAUUGACGAAGUGAAGGCGAAGAACAGAAGAGGAAACAGCUUCAGCCUUAGCCCCAAAUCGAGGAGGACUUUGAUCAAGGCUCAAACUGUACGGAAACCAGCCACCACUAUCGUAUCAAAACGGCCGGUAAAAAAAGAUGGGGUUUUUGAAUCAAUUCAACCAAAGAAGCUCUUUAAAGACGUUGAAAAAUCAGUACCACCCACUAGUGUCAAAAAGCCAUUGAGAACUGGUAGGAUUAUAGCGAGCCGUUACAAUCAGACAAACGAAAGCAGCCAAGUACCCACAGAGAAUCGUAAGAGAUCUCUGCCAGGAAAUUGCAAAGACGAUGGAAGCAGUAGGUAUGACAAGCGGCGAUCUUCGUCGGAUCUUAGCCAAAGCAAGGCACCGCAAAGCAGAGUGAAGAAGCGAUGGGACAUACCAAAUGAAAUAAUGAUUCUUCAACAAGAAAUGGAAGAAACAUGUUUGGAGUCAGUUUCGAAGGUGGGCGAUAAGCUUCCGAGGAUCAGAACGACUCGCUGUGCGAAUAUGAGCCCAAGGGACUCGGGACCGGCCAAGAGGGUGUCUGAAUUGAUUGGGAGUAAGACAAGUUUUUUUGCUGAUGAAGAGAUGGAAGCAUUAAUCUGUCAGAAGUUGAAUUUUGCAGAGGAUGAGGAAGAAUGAAAUGAAACAAUGACGUUUUUUUUUAUAUCUUUUAAGUCAGUAUUUUGUGAACCAUAACUCCUGUUAUGGAAACAGGCAAAGCUUCUUGUUUGUAGACUUGUGUUUGUGUAAAAAAUAAAGGAUCAAACUUUCAUUUUUUAGCAACUUUUUCUAAUAUAAAUGGGGCUACAUGAGUCGUAAAAUUUAAAUUUGAAUUCAAAUGCAAUUUUAAAAGUAAUGACAAAAAUGGGAUCUGAUGAGAUCAAAUGUUGUUC